GCUAUGGUGCAGGUGCUACGUUGCUUGGGCGGUGCCGGCAGCCGGGCCCGCGGGCUUUUAGCCGGGGGCUUCUUUCCUGGCUGCGGUCCUGCACCCGGGAGACCCUGGCUGCAGCGCCCAGGUGCCCGCAGAAACAGCACCGGCUCAUUUGAUAUAGUCAUUAUCGGUGGUGGAAUUGUGGGACUUGCCUCUGCCAGAACACUCAUACUGAGACAUCCAACACUUUCCAUCUGUGUUCUAGAAAAAGAGAAAGAUUUGGCUAUUCACCAGACUGGACAUAACAGUGGUGUUAUCCAUAGUGGGAUUUAUUAUAAACCUGGAUCUCUGAAAGCUAAAUUAUGUGUAGAAGGUGCUGGUCUCAUCUAUGAGUACUGUAACCAAAAGGGAAUUGCCUACAAGCAGUGUGGCAAGCUUAUAGUUGCUGUUGAACAAGAAGAAAUUCCCAGACUUCAGGCCCUAUAUGAAAGAGGCCUACAGAAUGGUGUCCAGGGUCUGAGGCUGAUCCAGCAAGAAGAUAUAAGAAAGAAGGAGCCAUAUUGUAGGGGUUUAAUGGCUAUUGACUGUCCAUAUACUGGUAUUGUGGAUUAUCGUCAAGUAGCUUUGUCAUUUGCUCGGGAUUUCCAAGAAGCAGGUGGCUCUGUCUUGACCAAUUUUGAAGUAAAAGAAAUUGAAAUGACUAAAGAGAACUCUUCAAGCAGUGCAGAUGGAAUAAAAUAUCCAGUUGUUAUAAGGAAUACAAAGGACAAGGAUGUUCGAUGUCAGUAUGUUGUAACAUGUGCGGGACUUUACUCAGACCGGAUUUCUGAGUUGAGUGGCUGUAGUCCAGAUCCUCAAAUUGUACCAUUCCGGGGAGAUUACUUGCUUUUGAAGCCAGAAAAAUGCUAUCUUGUAAAAGGAAAUAUUUAUCCGGUCCCAGAUAGCCGAUUUCCUUUCCUAGGAGUUCACUUCACCCCAAAGAUGGAUGGCAGCAUUUGGCUAGGGCCAAAUGCAAUUCUUGCCUUUAAACGAGAGGGUUACAAACCCUUUGACUUCAGUGCCAGAGAUGUUAUGGAUGCAGUUGUCAAGAGUGGCUUGAUGAAAUUGGUGUGCCAGCAUUUCUCGUAUGGUGCAAAUGAAAUGUAUAAAGCCUGUUUCCUCAGUGAAACAGUGAAGCAACUUCAAAAGUUUAUCCCUGACAUUGCUAUCAGUGAUAUUCGGAGAGGUCCAGCUGGAGUAAGAGCUCAAGCCUUAGAUAAAAAUGGAAAUCUAGUAGAAGAUUUUAUAUUCGAUGGAGGAGUUGGGGAGAUUGGAAAUCGCAUUCUUCAUGUGAGAAAUGCACCUUCUCCGGCUGCUACUUCUUCCCUGGCAAUUUCUGGAAUGAUUGCAGAUGAAGUACAACAAAGAUUUAAAUUGUAAAUAAUAAAUAAGAGCUAGGUAUGCAGUUUUAUCUCUACAUUCAGCAAGUAGAAUAUAUUAGUUGCAUUCUUAACUUUA